GCUGACACUGUUAUCAAUAAAUAUUACAAUAAUGCUAACAAACUCUGGUAACGAGAAUCUGCUGAAAGAAAUCCGGAGACACCCUCAAGUCCAAUAAAUUUGAAAAGAACUUGAGAUUCUGUCUAACGCGUCCAACGAGACCUUGAACAGCUCGUCUAGAUCCGAAGUGCGACAAAAUCAUACAACUCAUUUCGACAUGCAAUAUACACAUAAAUAAACGUGCUACAGUAGUAUGAAAUAACAGACGUCAGAUGUGUGUGAAUGUUCACACGCAUGCACAUGCAAAACGUUCGUACGUAAAUAUGGAAUUAUAUAAAAUAAUGAAUUCUGAAGAUUUUGUUUAUUCAUAGAAUCUGCAACGCGGACGUGCGUCGAUCGAUAAUUUUAUGGGCAUCGUCAUGUGUCAGCAAUAUUCCAGUUUCGGAAUGAAUAUAGAUAGCGCAGCAACAGGGCGAUGAACAGUGCUGGAUCCGGAGUCGCUCCGAGUCGCCCUCGGUCUUCCCUCCGUUGACGGUCUACAGUGAGAUUCAGUGAAAUCGGUUUCGCCUCGCUCGGUCGCGUUUAGGGGACAAUGUUGUGGAACGAUGUUGUGUACGUGCUGCUGCUGUUGUUUUCCAUAGCAAUCGGACCUCUCUACCGUGCCAUAGAUGGACCUGGUACGAAGCAAUGGGCCGCGACUUUCCUUGGCUUCGCGUUAGUGCUCUGUGUCUCGGGAACAGCAGUCGUACAUCCGAUUAUCAUUGUCAUCGUCAACGCUGUCAUAAUAACAAAUUUAUCCUGGAAAAAAUGCCACGUGACCAGCUUGUACUUCUCCUUUUUCUAUUUACUGGUGAUCUUCCGAUUGGGUGAAUAUUUCGGAUUGCCAGAGCCACCGACUCACACGAACCUCGUUAUGAUGAUUCUCACGUUGAAGCUACCCGGAUUGGCAUUCGAGAUCAAUUCGGCGGCCACAGCGCCAACCGACGACGCUGAGGGCGUGAAUUCGGAUGCGUUCAAGAAAAUUCGCUUCAUGGACGUGAUACAUUACAGUUUCGCUUACAUAGGUGUUCUAACAGGUCCGUACUAUCGCUACAGAACGUACUGGGACUUCCUGCACAGACCGUUCUCCAAACACGUCGACCCGUGGCCGCUCACCUGUUAUAAGCUCAAACAGAUCGCAGCGUUCAUUGCGCUGUUUCUCGCAGUGAAUCAUCUAUGUCCUAGCGAUUACACGCAAACCGCCGAGUUUGCGGAGCAUUGCUUCCUCUAUCGAUUCUUCUACAUGUAUCCGGCAUUCGCGGGAUUCCGAUUGAGGAUGUUCGUCGGCAUGGUUUUAGCCGAGUGCGUCUGUCAAAUGUCAGGACUGGGAGCUUACCCGGUCUCCUGCCAACCCGUGUCUGGUCUGGGUCCACGUGAUUACAAGGCAGUCGAAAAAUUAUCGGCUGAUCAUGAAACGGCGAAGAAAGAGGUGCAGGAUUUUGAAACGGUGCACAAUAUGAAUGUAUGGGAAGUAGAGACCACUCCGUUCGUUCGACAAACGAUGAAAGUGUGGAAUACGUGUAUACAGUAUUGGAUUGCUAUGUACAUCUACAAAAGAUUCCCUUAUAAAAGUUUACGGACUAUGGUCACUAUGCUUGUUUCUGCCCUGUGGCACGGUUACGCCGCAGGCUAUUAUUUUUGCAUCUGCCAAGUUCCACUUUACCUACCCUUCGAGGGCAUCUGCGCCAAAUUCUACAAUCAAUGCGAAAAGGAUGGACUCGGUAGGAAAGCUUGGGGACUCUUCAUGUGGUGGGCAAAACUUACGUGCAUGGCAUAUCUCGGCGUGCCUUUCCAGUUACUGCAAUACCAGGAGAUAAUCCACUUUUACAAGAGCCUGUACUUUUCCGGACAUAUCUUAGGACUUGUGCUUUACCUACUCGUACGGAUCCUAAAACUCUUCCUUCUGAAACGACCUCCACGAACGGAAGAUCAUAAGAAUAAGUAACUGUUUUCGUUCUUCUCAAGCUAGAGAUUCCCAUACCAAUAUUAAGUGAGAUUAGUAUAUUAUCCUGAUUAAUUGUUAUUUUUUAAUACCUAAUUGUUGAACCUGUGAAUAGACUCGACAUAAUUUUUACUAAUUUUUCUUUUUGAAAAAUUAUAUUAAGAAAUUAUAAGGACAUUUCGAAACAGGAGGCAAAGUUCCAAGAGUUCUGCUGUAAAGCCUCCAAAGGUUUUGGAGUUUGAAACAAUUUUACUAUCUUCACAUAGUUUUUAUAAGAUCGAGAAGUAAUCCAGACAUAAUAGCUGUUGUUAAUAUUUUCUUACCUGAUGACGAGCGUUGAAGGAUAUCGCAGAUAUAAACACGAGUGCCACUAGUUAAAUUUAUAUACCCCGUACACAUUGAACGCUGUAAAGACUUUUAUUGCGGAAGGAAAACACCGUUUAUGUUACCUAUGAAGGUAAAACGAGAGCGAGAGCGACACUAAUAAACUAUCGAGAAGAUAAUAAAAAGUCUAUUUCUCU